AUGUCGCUGCUGCAGAGCUCCAAGAAGAAGGACAAGCGCAUUCUGUCGGCUACCUGCCCGGACCCGAAGUGUCAGGCGAGCCUGUUGUUUCCGGCUCACGGCUCCGUUAGCAUAGAGUGUACGGAGUGCGGCCAGCGGCACGAACAGAAGAACCUGCUCAACGUCCAGGAGGUGACCGAGCCGGAUGCUGUGCUCCACAACCUGCUGCGGAACGCCCUUCUGGGCGUCACAGGUGCCCCGAAGAAAGGCACCGAGCUGGUUAAGGUGAUGGGGCUGUCGAACUACCACUGCAAGCUCCUCUCCCCUGUUCUGACCCGCUACGGCAUGGACAAACAGAGCGGUAAAGCUCAGCUGUUGAGGGACAUGAACCAGGGGGAGAUGUUCGACUGCUCGCUGCUGGGCGAUCGUGCCUUCCUCAUCGAGCAGGAGCAUGUCUCCACCGUCGGUUAUGGCAAGGACCGCUCUGGAAGCCUGCUCUACCUCCACGACACCCUGGAGGAGAUCAAGCGGGCCAACGGCGACCGGGAGUGUCUGAUUCCCGUCCAUGUUGACGGCGAUGGCCACUGCCUGGUCCACGCCGUGUCGCGGGCGCUGGUGGGCCGGGAGCUCUUCUGGCACGCCCUGCGGGAGAACCUCAAACACAACUUUAAGCAGAACCUGGAGCGCUACAAGGCCCUCUUCCAGGACUUCAUCGACGCUGCUGAAUGGGAGGACAUCAUCAACGAGUGCGACCCGCUCUUCGUGCCGCCCGAAGGCGUCCCGCUGGGCCUGCGCAACAUCCACAUCUUCGGGCUGGCCAACGUCCUGCACCGCCCCAUCGUGCUGCUGGACUCGCUAAGCGGCAUGAGGAGCUCCGGCGACUACUCGGCCACCUUUCUGCCGGGCCUGGUGGAUGAGGAGCGCUGCCGGGCCAAAGACGGCCAGCUCAACAAGCCCAUCUGCAUCGCCUGGAGCAGCUCGGGCCGCAACCACUACAUCCCGCUGGUGGGCGUCAAGAACACCGUGCUGCCCAGGCUGCCCGCCCACUUGCUCCCCAAGGCCUGGGGGGUCCCACAGCAGCUCAUCGCGAAGUACAUCAAGCUGGAGGAGGAUGGCGGCUGCGUCAUUGGCGGCGACCGCAGCCUGCAGGACAGCUACAUCGCACGGCUGGUUGGCGCCAUGGAGGAAGUCUUUGUGGAGAAGCACGGGGUCCACCCAGCAUUGGUGGCUGACAUGCACCAGUGGGUCUACCGGCGCACCGGCGUGGUGGGUGUCCAGCCUGAGGAUGUGACCGAGGCGGCCAAGAGGUCGGCGGCGGAGAACCGCCUGCGUCGCUGCCUGCUCUGCGGCGCCCUCUCAGAGCUCCACGUGCCGCCCGACUGGCUGCUGCCCGGCGGGAAGCUCUACGAGCUGGCCAAGUCCACGCAUGGCCAGCUACGCCCUGACAAGAACUACAGCUUUCCGCUCAACCACGUGGUGUGCUUCUACGACCCGUGCGCCGACGCCCUGCUGCCCGACUACGAGCUCAGCUCGCCCGAUGCCUGCAACUGGUGCCGUGGCACCUCGGUCCGCCGCGUGGGACCAGACGGCCGCGUGCUGUACCUGGACGGCGACCGCACCUCCACACGCUCGCAGGGCGGCAAGUGCGGCUGCGGCUUCAAGCACUUCUGGGAGGGCAAGGAGUAUGACAACCUCCCGGAGGCCUUCCCAAUCACGCUGGAGUGGGGUGGCCGGGCGGUCCGCGAGACAGUGCACUGGUUCCAGUACGAGGGCGACCCGUCGCUCAACAGCAACGUGUACGACGUGGCCACCAAGCUGGUCACCAAACACUUCCCCGGCGAGUUCGGCAGCGAGCUCCUGGUGCAGAAGGUGGUGGACACCAUCCUGCGCCAAACCGCCAAGAAGAACCCAGACCGUUCGGCUGACGGAGCCCGUGCCCGCCGCCCUUCUGACCCGCCUGGCAAAAUCAUCCUGACGGGACCCAAGGCCAAGACGCUCCACAAGGAAGAGCUGACCGUCAGCCGGACCGAGCGCAGCCUUCGGCGAAGCAUCGGCGAGCGGGCCUCGCUCUCGCAGCGCCGCCGCACUGAGCCAGAAGAGCGCUCACCUGAGACAUCCGCCCCCUCCUCGGCGCCGGCCACCCCUACGAAGUCCUCGUCGGCCCUGGCUCCUGCCCCGUCCAGCGGUGAGAAGAAGAUCCGCGUGAGUACCAGCGACGGUAGGACGGCCACGCUGACCCUGGGGCCCCGCGCCUCCUACUCUGACCUUCGCGGUAGCAUCGCUGAGCACUUAGGGGUGGCGCCUGACCGCCAGUGCAUCCGCUACGGCUUCCCCCCUAAGGAGCUGCCACCGCCCGCCGUCGGUCACGAGGAGGAACCGGUGGUUCUGCGGCACGGUGACCGGGUCACACUGGAGAUCCUGAGAGACACAGAGGAUCGGGGCACGGCCGCCCCAGGGACCGUCGCCCAGGCUCCCGAGCCGCACAUUCCCGCCGAGGCCGAAAGAGACCUCGGGGACGGUGUGGAUCUGGAGAUGUCCUCGCUGUGUCUGCUGGCAACCUUGAUGGGCGAGGACGUGUGGACGUACGCCAAGAAGCUGCCGCACUUGUUCCAGCGAGGCGGCGUCUUCUACAACAUCGUUAAGAAAGACAUGGGCCUGAUGAAUGGGAAGCACUGCACGCUGCCUCAUCUGACCGGUCGGACCUUCGUGUACAACGCGGCGGAGGCCCGCGUGGAGCUGUGCGCGGACACCGCCGGCCACUUUGAGGUGCGCGCCGACGUAGAGGACCGCGUCAAGGAGGCGCUGGCCCAAAUGCGCUCGGACCCCUCCGGGGAGGGCGGCCAGGUGCACGCCGGUGGCACCGCCGUACGCAAAAAAGAGCGGUCGCAUGCCAUCCGGGCCUUCCAGGGCAAAGGUCACUCGCUUGGUGGCGGCGGGGAAGCCCGACCGAUCACGCGCCAGCACAGCACCGGCGCGGACCUCGGUGCCGGUGCGUCUGAGGUCCCCGAGGACGCCGGACGUCGGCCGGUACGCGUGGCGCCAGGCUUCGUCACGGUGAAGGAUGGUCGCGGGCCUGAGCCCGACCCCGUCCUGGUGGAGCAGCAGCGUCGCGAGCUCCAGGAAAUGGUCUCGUCCAUCCAAGCUUCCGUAGAACGACAACUGCGGCGCCAACCCGCGCCCAAGACAGAGGACGAGGACCAGAUGGAGAGCCAGGACGGAGAGCGAGCCGAACCCAUGGACCAUUCUUGA